GGCCUCAAAGCUCCGACAGUGAACGAACAUACAAAAGAGAGAAUCAAAGAAAUGCUGGCACUGCGGAUUCGCGUCUUUGGUGUCCAAGCAACUGCGUCUCUCUUCUCAUCAUCUUCUUCCUCCUAUUCCUCUUCUCUGACUCUCCAUCGAAAGCCUCCAUAUUUCUUUAACCUCUCUCGCCGGAGACCUUUGUCGUGUUCAUCGAGUUCAGUCGAGCAAGACCCCAGUAUUCAUGUCGUCACUGCACCAAAGUGCGCCAAAGCACCGGUCCCGGAAACCGUCAAGUUCGUCAAGAGAGCCCUCUUUGUUGCUCCCGGUGUCGAACCGGAAGAGGUGAGAGAAGACAUGAUUCUUCCCGGUUCCAACAUUGUUCUGGGGCCCUACGCCGGCCACGCCCAAAUUAAGCAAGUGGAAUUCGUGAAGAGCAGCAGUAAGCCCAAGGAUUGUCCCAAAGAUGAUCGUCCCGAGUUUGCGAUCCUUGGUCGAUCCAAUGUUGGGAAAUCUUCGCUCAUUAACGCUCUUGUUCGUAAGAAAGAAGUCGCCCUCACCUCUAAGAAACCGGGGAAGACUCAACUUAUUAAUCAUUUCCUAGUCAACCGAAGUUGGUAUAUUGUGGAUUUACCUGGUUACGGGUUUGCUAAAGCUCCCGAAUCUGCACGAACGGAUUGGUCUUCUUUCACAAAAGGGUACUUUUUGAACAGAGAAACUCUCGUUGCUGUCUUACUUCUCAUAGAUGCCAGUAUUCCAACUCAGAAGAUUGACCUAGACUGUGCUAAUUGGCUUGGCCGCAAUAAUAUACCACUGACCUUUGUAUUCACCAAGUGUGAUAAAAUGAAGGGGGGCAAGGGAAAGCGGCCUGAUGAGAACAUCAAGGAUUUCCAGGAGCUUAUUGUAAAAAAUUAUCCGGAACCACCACCAUGGAUCAUGACGAGCAGUGUCACAGGCCUGGGGAGGGAUGACCUUCUUCUUCAUAUGUCACAACUAAGGAACUACUGGGAUAAUUAAGGUGUGGUCUUCGACAGUUAAAUGUAUAAUUAAAAAUGUGGGUUUGAAUCAACACU